AUUACCUCUCAGUUAUUUCUUUGAAAAAUACAUGAAGAUAAAUCAAAAUUGAUUAAACCAAAUUAGUCAUUAAAAUUGAUGAAGAUAUUACUGGGACGAUUGAUCAAGUCUCCAGCAGUUGAAAUUCACUAAUAACCAGCAUUAAAUGGACAUUACGUAAGGAAUGUACAUCCAGUAGUUGCACUCUCCAUUUCCCGCUUGCUUCGGUGGGCAUUAGUACACCCCUUCUUCCUCCCCCGAAUUAGUGGCCCAUUCCCUGCCCUCGACUCUCAACGAUUAGAUAGAAAUAGUCGCACAUCCCAGCACAGCGUCAAUGUCCAUUUAAUCAUGUCCCAUUCUGUUCUAGAAAAAACAUGAAACCAAAAUGAAUAAAACCAAUCUGGUUCAAAGACACUAGAAAACUCUGUGCAAUUAGUGCCAUUAAUUAGCCGACAUUAUGAAUGCAAAGACCGACAGUUAAAAACGUAUUGAUACCCGAUGUCAUAUCCCCAUUGACCCAAACCCCUAGACGCAAUAGGCGUAGGCACAAAAUUAGGGUACCCAGCAGUGAAUGCCAUUGCCAAUUAAACUGCAACAGUUGUCCUACUAAGACCUGUAUUAACCCAAACAAGCAUCAUAAUAAUCCCAUCUCCUACCAUCAACCCCUCGUACGGAGCAAAUCCGCAGUCGUUCGCUCGAUGCACAGAAAGAUGCGUGUGCCACUUGCAAGAUCCAAGACAUUUGAUGACAAUCUCGUGAGAUGGAGCAGUCCUGAGACGAGUGAGCCGAGUUGGUCGAUGAAUUACAUGAAUUACAAGAAGAAAGGAUCCCUAAUACCUGAGAUACAUAUUGAGGAGUGUGUUAAUCGUCUGGAAGACACAGCGAGUUUGGACAGAAAAUUUUUGCGAUCGAGAUUGAAGUACCGUGAUUUUGCAAAUCAUCAGAAGAAAUCCCUCAUGGAGAUGAGAGCAAGGAGUUUUGAUUACAACGUUGCUGAUGAAUCCUUUGUCCAUGAGCAUGUUAGAAUGGGUGUGGAGCAACCGAGACGUGCUAAAAGUGUUGAUUACGAGGCUGUAUCGAAUAUAUUCAGUGACGAUAGUUUGCGAACAGCGAGGAGAAAAGUGAAGAAGAAUUUGUCAAACAGCGGAGAACAUCUUCCAUCUAUGAAUGAUCGCAGCAAGUCCUAUUACGAUUCAAAUGGAUCAAGUUCUAUCCAGACUUCGGAGACAGCUGAUCACGAGGAAAAUGAGAAGUUCUAUCACGAUACUGACCUAUACCCUAGUAAAUUGGAAUCGACGUUCGAGAAUAGGCUAUCAUCAAUGGGUCUUGAGGCCCGAGCCUUCCCGGACGACAACUACCGUAGCGUUAUCAGUCGUAACGAGACCAGCAAGCAGAAGUACGAAGCUCACUUGGCUGAGAUAAGCCUCAAGUCCAAUCGUAGUCAGUCACCAAAUAGCAAGGCAAAGAGUCUAGAGGAACACCUCUACGAUCUCUUGGAGAGUGACCACAUCUACUGCAGCAUCGACGACAACAAUAGAGAUCCUUGUCCCUGCUUGAUUGAUCCUCUUGACUGUAAUUUCGAUGUCGUAGAUACUUCAACAAGUAGAACAAGUAAUUUUGAUAAUACCGUCCCUCGACGAACGAGUCAAUUGGAAUCUGAGGAGUACAAUCCCAGAAGAUCAUUGCGUCGUCGAACUAAAAGUACAGACUCAUACUUGGAGAACAAUUACGAUGAAUAUGAAAAUUCGAAUGUUGGCUAUUUGUACUCGGAGAGUGGAAAGGCUCAGAAUUAUAGUCCUCAACUCUCUCAAUCUGGGGUGUCCCAUCGCCAGUCGGAAAUUCACGAUGAUUACCGGGGCAGAAGUAGUAGUUUCCCAGGGAGAUUCGACUACUCAACGUGCGAUCCAUCCGCUAGUUAUUCGAGCAAUGAAUCAAGUCCUCCAGGCCGCAGAAGACGAAAAACCACCAGGGACAUAGAACAAUUUCCCCUGGACUAUGAAUCUCAUUCUCCUCCAUAUCGAAGAACACGAAUGAGCAGUUUAGAAGUGCCGAGUUUCUCCCAGAGUAAGCGUAUGAUGUUGGAGCGUGCAGAGUCAACUCCUACUCUUGUACCAGACGAUGAGGAAAUCGAGGACGCUUGGGAGCGCGCCAGACGGCUGUCAAGACGACGUAGAAACAGCAGUUGCCCGGAGGCAAGAGAUAUGAAAAAUCUCGAGAGUCCUGGCAGAGAACAACCCGAGUCACCAAGCUUCUUUAUGGGCUCUGACGAUGAUUUUGGCUCGGUUGAAACUGUAGUAUCCCCUGAUUAUCGAAACAAUUCCAAGGACGACAUUGAUGAACGACCACACAAAUUCCGUCCAAGAUAUUCAUCCAAGGACUACGUUGAUUUUAAAAUACAAAUGCGUACGGACAGAUCAAGUUCAUAUCCUGGCCCCGUUAGAUACGAUAACGACGAAAGUGACUACAAAAAUCGCAAGACAAGUUGUCCAGAGUGUCGUGAUUUUUUCCAGUCAUCGACGAGUGAGAACAGAGAUAAAUUUCAUCCGCGUCAAGAUGAUUCAAAUGCUUCACCGGAGUAUGAAAAACAUCGUCCCCUUGCUUACCAAAAACAAGAGCGCGACAAAUACCUUCGCAAUGUUGAACCGGAGAAGGAUCAGGUUGGCAAGAGAAAUGUCGCUAUAAGCGAUACUCUAGAAUAUUACGAAUACUCAAUGGAAAGUGAGAGCCAGUGCAGCGAGAACUGCGGAUUUGGCCCGUACGAUACACUUAGGCCCCGUAACCGAGCACCCCGACCCGGUAACGCUAAUUCAAAUAUCUUUGAUUCCCAAACCGCCACCUCCGACACUGCUAAAAACCCACGGGCCAACGUAAACUAUGGUACAACCCAAUCAUCGCAUCACCUUAAACGUGAAAAUGAACAACGUCGAUUGCACGAUGACACCGUGAAAACUGGAAUGCACUCGUCAACCUCAAAAUCUGAUGGAAAUUUUGGUGCUGAUGACAAUUCCAUAAUCGAUAAAUCACGGAAUCGU